CGGAGAUCCGGGGUUCAUCCGUGGCGCCAUGUCCCGACUUGACCCAGCAUUCAAUGACCUAAAACAACAAUACCUACUCCCGCCUCCUGGCCGGGAUGCCAACCUAGGAAUCCUGGCUUCUGAUCCUAUUUGCCGGGACUCCCAACAGAUGGCCGGGCAAUCCAACGCAAUCUUCCCCCCAUUACAGGCGUCGCCCGGUGAUUUUAUCGCCCUGCAGUAUCAGGAGAACGGGCAUGUUACUCUUCCUGAGAACACGCCACACAAACCUAGGAACUCUACCAUAUUCAUUUACGGUACUUCAUCGCCUUCUAAGGAUGAUCGUCUUCUUUCUAUCCACCGCGUCUGGAACGCAUGUGGAACUGGAGGGGAUCAAAGGGGGGUUCUAUUGGCCACCCGGUCUUUCGAUGAUGGCCAAUGCUAUCAGAUCAACAACGGGUCGAUCUCUUUGGCUCGCCAGAAGAUCUAUAGCAAGGUUCCCACGGACCCUCAAGGGGCCGAUCUGUGGUGCCAGAACGAUUUGCGACUCCCCACCAACAUACAUGAUAACUAUACGCUCUACUGGGUUUGGGAAUGGCCGACUAUCCCGACUGGUAUGGUCCCUCAGGGCCGUAUGGAGGUUUAUACGACUUGUAUAGAUAUUCAGAUUCAGCCAGGCAUUCAAAAUGGAAUGGUAUUAUUCGAAAAUGGUCAGGAUUUGAACUUCGCUGGCAUUCAGGAGCAGAUGCUUGCCAAUAAGAUGCCAUAGAUCAAUUACGUAGUUCCAUAAUCAUAGUCUUUUCUUUAACUUAGGAGCAGGCUUCUGACAUAUCUUACCCUAGCAAUGCUUCAAUGGAACCCUUAACAAUAGGUCGUAAUCAGCUCUUAGCUUGGAUCGUUUUAUAUAGGACUGACCGCACGCAUUGUAUAGUGAGGGAUAUCCGUAAACGUUAUGAUAGAG